AUGGUCCUAGUUCAAUACAUCAAGGGACCAUCAAUGCUACAGCUAAUGCCGGAGCAACUGCCGCAGUUAGUUCGUCAACAUAUCUUCCGCAAGAUGUUGGAUCUGGAAAGUUCGAUCUUCGAAAAAGACGUGGAUCUGGUCGAUUUGGCCCCACGAAAUACCAUCCUUAUUCGAACGGGCGAGGACCGACCAGAGGUCGUGUUGAUUGACUUUGGUGAUACACAGUUUCGAUGCGACAGAGAUUAUUGGGACGGCGAGGGGUCUAAAAUGUUCCAGGGCCAGUACAUCUCGCCGCUUCUUCGCUGGAAGGGAGGUCCGCCGCCUGGCUUUGAGUCCUGGGUCGACUGGGAGUGGGAUUCGUGGUUGUUGAAAGAGUUCGCUGAUACAGAAAGGACAAUCACACCGGAGAUGAGGAAGCAUUGGGCGAGGGGGAGACGAUCAAUUGGUGGGAAUGCCUAA